AUCCUCAGCGACUAUUUGAGGAUUCGGUUGUCAAUUAUCUUCUAAGUCCCGCCUCUAAGUGACGCAGGAUUGUGCGCUUGAAAUGCGGCCAUAGAGGAUGUCCUUCUCCAGCAGUCCUUCGGAGCAGCAUAAAUGAAAAGCCAUGUACCUGGCAUGCAGGAAAGCUGAUCCUCAACCAGCCGCACCCCUAUGAUAUUAGGAAAGGGCAGAUCUGACAUCUACGUUAAUCAGAGGUUGAUUUUAAGGCAGAAUUGUUGGAGGACCAAGAAUCAGGGUGCCAUCUCUGGAUGUUACGGCUCAUAAGAACGGAGUUAAGAUGUCAUUCAGGCAAACAGAGGGCAUGUCCAUCAUGCAAGCCUUAGCCAUGACUGUGGCAGAGAUACCUGUUUUCCUGUAUUCCACCUUUGGACAGUCCAUUUUCUCACAGCUUCGACUGACCCCGAGCCUGAAGAAGGUGCUGUUUGCAACAGCGUUGGGUUCUGUGGCCUUGGCCCUCACUGCGCACCACCUGAAGAGACGCAGCAGGAAGAGGAAGCAGAUAGCAGAAAAGGCAGGACCCAAGACAGUGGGCAUCCCGGAGCAGCUGCUACGCCCAGGAAGACCCACAUCACUGAAGAGAGGUCCGUUUCCAGGCCGCCAGAUGUUGAGCCCAAGUACUCGAAGCAACGAUACCAUGAGUGGAAUCUCUUCACUUGCUGCCAGCAAACACUCGAGCUCUUCACACACAUCCGCACGACUGCCUGCAUCUCCCAACCAAUCAGGCACUGUACCCACACCAUGGGAGGCAGAGCCUGUGGCAGAGGAGCCCGGGGCAAUAGAAGAUGCAAAUGCAGAGAACUUGUACCUCAUUGGUAUGGAGCUGUUCGAGGAAGCACUGCAAAAGUGGGAGCAAGCGCUGAACAUCAGACACCAGACUCAGUCCAACUCCUCUUCUGCUAACAGUCUCGUUCAACAGGGGGCAGCACUCACGCCAGAAGCUCGUAAUCGAAAAUUUGCAGAAAAACUGGAGUCCCUUCUGCACCGGGCUUAUCAUUUGCAGGAAGAUUUUGGUAGCACCAUACCAGCAGAUAGCCUGCUAGCUGACCUUGAGAGUGAAGGCACGUUAAUUCUGCCCAUUGUCGAAAGCUCUCGUGGUGUCCGGGACGACGAUGCCGCUACCAUCACAUCAGACGAUUCUUUUUUCUCUGCAGCUGAGUUGUUUGAUGCAUUCACUCCCGAUGAGGUGUAUCAGCCCCUCAAACCCGCAGCUCUGUAUGAAGAAGCACUGACUUUAGUGAGAGAAGGGAAAGUAGAAUGCAGAUCACUCAGAACUGAUUUACUGGAGUGUUACAGUGAUCAAGACUUCCUGGCUAAGCUCCAUUGUGUCCGACAGGCUUUCCACGUGUUACUGGUGGAUGAGACUCACAAGAAUUUCUUCAUGGAAACAGGCAAACAGAUGAUCAUUGGACUCAUGGUCAAAGGCAACAAGAGUCCAAAGGCAUUUUUGGAGAGUUAUCAGGACAUGUUGCUGUACACUCAACGAGAGGAGACAUGGCCAACCACCAAGAUGGAGCUUGAGGGACGAGGGGUGGUGUGCAUGAACUUCUUCGACAUCGUGUUGGACUUCAUUCUUAUGGAUGCAUUUGAGGACCUGGAGAACCCACCUACCUCCGUGGUUGCUGUCUUGCGGAAUCGAUGGCUCUCAGACAGUUUUAAAGAAACGGCUUUAGCUACAGCAUGUUGGUCAGUGCUGAAAGCCAAAAGAAGGUUACUGAUGGUUCCAGAUGGGUUCAUAUCUCAUUUCUAUGGCAUCUCGGAGCACGUGAGUCCGGUUCUGGCGUUCGGCUUUCUGGGGCCUAGACAGCACCUGACUGAAGUGUGCACUAUUUUCAAGCAACAAAUUGUGCAGUACCUAAAAGACAUGUUUGACCACGACAAAGUACGCUUCACCUCAGCUCAGUCUCUGGCCGAGGACAUUUUGAGUUUAUCCCACAGGCGCACCGACAUCCUGCUGGGCUACCUGGGCAUCAACAGUCUGCCAGAAGCUAAUGGAGCACUGCCUGCUAGCACGGAUGCACAGGACUGAUGAAACUACUGUGGAAAUUGUCUAUAAGAAAAUCGUCUAUAAGAACUUCUUUAAUUCCAGACCAAGAGGCACAUCUAGGUUCAUAAUCUUUAGCAGACUGAAACGUAAGCUAUCAGUAAAUAUCUUCAGCAAGACGAGAAUAAUGGAACGCUUGAAUUCAAGAACAGGUGCAGUUCGCAGAAUUUGGAUUCUGACCUCUGAAACUCUUAAACUACAGAUCUUGAAGUAGCAGUUGCUGGUAACUCCUGCAUAUGUUAUACAGGAAAAUGGAUUUGAUGGAAGUCUUGUUUUAUUUGCACCAAGCAGAUCUGAUUGAUUCGCAGCUUGCCACCUGGUACAACUGAAGAUUGCAGUUCUGCCGCCUGACUGACAAAAUCUAAAAUAAAUGAAGUGAUGUUCAGAACCAAAAUGUAUAACUGAAAAUCUUCAAUUCUUUGCAAGAUGUUCUGUAGAUAGGGGGCAAGUUGGUUUGAUUCCUGCCUCCACCCCAUGGUUCUGGUGUCUGCAUGUUCUUUCCCAUGGUUCGAGGGUGUUGUCAGGGUACUCCAGUUUCCCCAGUCUAAAGAAAUGUGUUGAUUGGCAUUUCUAAAUGAUCUGUGGUGUGUGUAUGAGUAUGCCCUGAGAUGGGUGAUCAACAUGUUCCCCACCUUCUUCACCUGAGUAUCUUGGGUAAAGCUUCAGGCUUCCCAUGACCUUGUGUAGGAUAAGCAGUACUGGAUAGGAAAUGGAUAGGUGGAUGUUAUGUACUGUCUCUGCCAGCUGGACUUAUUCCAGUUGCAUUCGAAAUUAUUCCAUUUGAAACCCCAGAAGCUGAGAUCAUUGAAAAUUGCCACUUUGUCACCUUUAAUCGAUCAAGAACUGAAUACAACACUCAGAUGGCGAUCCAAGUUCCAUUUGUCCGUCAGCUCUCCAGCUAGUUCUAUUGUACGUCUAUUAACUCAGACCUCCCUUGAGAGCAUUCAGAUCUACAGUCUGAAUAUAUGACAGAGAAUCGCUGCUUUCCGAGCCUAAUUUAAUCCCACAACCACUGAAGAAGCUGCGUGAACACCACCACCACCACAGAAUCACACUUAGACAAGUAGUCUUAAGUUGUUUCUUGCUGCUAGGUUUCUGUUUCACUCUGUCCAUUACACACCCUUGUACAUAAUUUUGUCUUCUGUCAAAAUGAUGAAUAAUUAAUGUUAUCGAGUAUGUGUCGCUGGAGAUCUGAGAAUAGAGAAAUGUGUGUGUUAUACUCCCAACAAUCAGAGGUGGUUUGUGUUCUAGCCAGAUCAAGCUCUUUGGCAGGUGGUUAUUGUCUGUUCAGUAUCAGCAGUCUAAUUUCUGUAAUUGUAACGUUCAAUCAGGUUAUAAUUAUCAUUCAGGACAGCUAAACGGGUAUUUAGGGCACUGAAGAAUGCGAGCGACGCUUAUAAAGGGUCACUUUGUGGGUUGGAUAAGACUGGGUUUUGUGUCAAGUCGAACUUUAUGGUUUAUUUAAGGUUUAAGGUGAAGCUUUCUACUGUGAAUGAACUGCAGUGAAUGACCCAAUAAUGAAUUCUAUAUCAUUAUGCUUUAGUUUACAUUCUGUAACAUUAAGUGUUUCCUAAUCCUGCUCUUGUAAUACCUAUUGUAUUGCUAAAUUUUUUUUCUGUGUUAUAAUGCUACUUUUUUUUUUUUCUUCUUCUUCUUUUUUAAUGCAGGAUUAAGAUACAUGCCCUAUGAUUUGUCAUUGCUAUUUUUAACUUGCCCUUAUCUCCUUCCCUUUUUUUUUUUAUGAUCUGUAUGCAUUAUGUUGCUCAAAUGGAGUGUGCACUAGGAGAUUGUCUUUACUGUAACAGUUUCUCUGUCUUUUACCAAGCUUUUGUCUUUUAUAAAGAGUUGUAAACUCAAGCAAAAUCAAAUACUGAAGCUGCAUGAGCUACAGAUUGAGGAGUCUGUUUGAAUGUAUGAUGUGUAAGGUUGAAGUUUAUAGUUGAAAACUGAGCUACACGAUGGAAUUGCUGUUAAUAUGGAUAGAUAGAAAUGAGGAUGUUUCAGAGAAAACAGAGUCAAGACGUUGACAUAUGGCCGUUGUUUUCUCAUCAGUCGCUAGUGUAAUCACGAAUAUGUAACAUAAAUAUGAAAUAUCAAUCUCUUAAUCAGAGCUACUGACUCAGGUCAUAUCUCCUCCAAGGUGUACUAAAAAUAAAAAAAACACUAAUUUUCUAUAGGCUUUCAGAACUAGCUAGUUAAACUCAGUACAAAAAAAUCAUGCAAUCUGUAGUUUAUAAUCAUUACCAAUGAGACACACGUCUCUAUGGGGAAAACAAUAGACGUAUUUUGUUUUUCUUAUCGUGUAUUUCUUUUCAUAAUGUUUUGUUUUUCCAUUUCCUCCUAUUUAACGGAAACCAAGUCCAACCUACGUCCUAGCCUUCGUUUGCUGAUUUUGCACUUUUUUUUUCCUCACACACACACACACACACACACACACACAC